AUUACACGUAUCCCCCUGCCUUUCUUCCUUUAACAUAAACCAAAUUCAACCAUUUCUGAAACUAAGCUCAUCUCUCUCUCUCAAGAAACUCAUCAAACACCUCGGGAUCAAUCAAUGAGGUCCAAAACCCAAUCUCCCAUUAACAUCAAGCUAGCUCUCCUCUGUUUCUUCCUCCUUUCUCUCCUUCUCUUAAUAAUUUGGUUAAAUCUCUCUUCUUUUCAACUAAAUUCAGCAUCUCCCUUACCAAAAGCCCAUUUAUCAAAUUCAACAAAAGAAGAUAAAGAAGAUGAAGAAUCAUCAUCGUCGUCGUCAUCAUCUUCAUCAUCUUGUCCAUCGCUUUCUUUAAUUCCAACAUGCAACAAAACCCCACCUUCAUUAGCCAACGCAUUAGUCCACUACGCAACAAACAACAUAACACCACAACAAACCUUAAAAGAAAUAUCAGUAACACUAAGAGUUCUUGAAAAAAAAUCCCCCUGCAAUUUCUUAGUCUUCGGCCUCGGCCAUGACAGUCUGAUGUGGACAUCACUCAACCAUGGCGGCCGAACAGUAUUUCUAGAGGAAGACAAAGCCUGGAUCGAACAAAUAAAAGGAAAAUUACCAAGUUUAGAGUCAUACCAUGUAAGUUACGAUACCAAAGUGCACGAAGCAGACGGAUUAAUGGAGACUGGACAGGGAGAAGAAUGCAAGAUUGUCAGCGAUCCAAGAUUUUCAAAAUGUCAGCUUGCGCUUAAAGGAUUUCCUAGCGAUGUGUAUGAUAUAGAGUGGGAUUUGAUUAUGGUGGAUGCGCCUACAGGGUACCAUGACGAAGCGCCGGGGAGGAUGACGGCGAUUUAUACGGCGGGGUUGAUGGCGAGGAAUAGAGAGAAUGGUGAGACGGAUGUGUUUGUUCAUGAUGUGGAUAGAGUUGUAGAGGAUAAAUUCUCUAAAGCUUUUCUUUGCGAAGGCUAUAUGACGGAGCAAGAGGGAAGGUUAAGGCAUUUUACUAUUCCUAGCCAUAGGACUCGUUUGGGUAGAUCUUUCUGUCCUUAGAAGGUAAUUUCUGCUUCUUAUAGAGAAUAUACAAUUCAAUCUUCAAUUUUAUCACUUUUGCUUUUAAUAAUAUGUCAUGUUAUGUGUUCCUUUC